AAACAGCAUUCCUAGGCCCAUAGGAAAGCGACAGGAUGCCGGGCAACAUACCUAGUUGAACGUGAUGCGGUCACAGCGCCAUUGUGCUCUUUCCAACAACAGCCUAUUCAGUCGUCUUUAGUCACACUGAAACGUUAGUUGAUAUAUCAUUCUUAAUCUCCCCCAGCCCUAAGACUCCCGCUCAACUUAGACUAACCCCCGUCUUCCAACCAUUGCAAGGCCCACUCUGAAAGACGCUAGAACACCUGAACCUUCGAAACUGCGUCGAUGACAGUGCCGCGCCGCCGUUUUUGACGCGAGGGGCUCCAUUCUGUUGCUUAAAAGAUCCCCCCGCCCGCCUCCAAGGGGUUGUUGCCUCGAUGCAAGGUACACUACAAGAUUCAACGCUCCAAGCUUCUUGUGGAAACUAGCAGCAUUCCCAAGAAUUCUUAACUAUCCUAACUAGACGACUAAGUUUGCAUUCCUUGCUCUUUAAUCCCAAAGAGGAGAGGAAGAGAAGCCUCCGCACAGUCCCCCAACCACCUCAAGAGGUUUCAGAGAAGGGCGUACAACACGCAGUGUGUUCAAUUAUAGCCAUCAACCAGGCAAACCUGACCCAAUCCACCGUUACCAACACCCCUAUACUCCCUACCGCCUCAUCCAUCAUGGCAAUCAGCCCGAUGGAUGACCACAUGAAUCAAGGAGGCCCCUAUACUCACCACAACGAUUCAAACCCCGCCCUCUCCAACACCGCAUCCUUCGACUCUUAUAGCUCUGGCGACUCGACGACGUCCUGGGACGUAGCUACUCCGUCACCGUCGCGAAGCGACUUCUUUGGCACCUACGACAGGGACGGCUUCUCGGCUUCGCCGGCUCCCAUGUUCACCAACUCGCUGGGCCAUCAAUUCAACGUUCCCUCUACCCACGGUCUCAGCAUGGGAGAUUCGUCGAUGAUGUAUGCGGAAUCCUUCCAUAGAAGCAUUUCGGGUCAAGAUCAUAUGACCUAUGAACUCCACGCACCACUUCCAUUGCCCAUCGGCUCUCCAGCUUUCCUCCCAGAACAACACUACGUGAGCCCAGGUCAAACAUGUUUCGACCCCUUGCGGCCAACACCCCCACCCCUAGAUGGCUACUACGACGACCAACCCCGCUACUACAUGUCACCCGUCCAAGCCACCUCACACCCCUCCCACUACGCCUCCUCGUCCUACAACAACUACUCCUCCGCCCCCGCCAUCCCACCCCCCAUCAGCAUGCGCCGCCGCCGCGACCACCGCCGCGCCCGCAAACACCCCUCCCACAGCCCAACAAUCGUCAUGUCCGACCACGGCUACGAAGCCAUCAAAGUCCCCGUCGGCCAUUUCGAAUGCACACAGGCCGACUGCAAAAGCAAAGGGCAAAAGUUCAAGCGCCAAGAGCACCUGAAGCGACACAUGCUGACGCACACGCAACCGCGCGACGUCGGGUGUCCGUUCUGCCCGAAGCGGUUCCAGGAGAACCGAAAGGAUAAUCUGAAGGCACAUCUGCUGCUCCAUAGUAAGCCGAAUGCGGAUCGUAAGCGGACGGCGUAUGCGCCAGGGGCGGCGGAAGCAUUGGAGAGGUUGGGGGGGUUGGGGAAGAAGGGCGAUUGGGAGGCGGAGAGGGGGGAUGUUAAGGCCAUUUGUGAGCAGGCUAGGCGGAAGGGGGAGAGGGAGAGGGGGUUGUGA